AGUCCUGCUGCAGAAGACGUAGACCAGGCUGUUCUAUUGUCAUAUUUGUUUUUUCUCGAGAUACGGCUAAAUGGAAAACCCUGCGCUGUUUGUGAUGUAAAUGGUGAUAUUGCUUAAAUGCUGAUGUUUCGCAAUCCGUCCAGCAUGACUUCCUCGUUGCGGGCGGGGCGGUCUGCUCCCGGGCCGUCAGGUGAGUUCACAGCUAUCGACGGUGGGGCGGUGAAUCUGGUGAGGGUAAACCAAAUCACUUCGUAAAUCACAUAUCGGAUCUUUGGAACGCAACACCGACUGAGGCAAGGUUUUUUGUUAGAAGAGCUGCUCCCGCUCGUCCCGGGAAUGUUACGGGCGAGAACAGAGUCCUGUAGGUAACACGCUGUCAGGUCGUAGCGUGGGGUGGAGAGGAGAUGGUCACGUGGGUCGCCUCCUUGCUGACAGUAUGGGCGUUGAUACAGACGCACGCCGCCGCGGGGCCGACGUCCAGUUGUCCUACCACCCCUCGCCGCCUGGUGGAUUUUAACGUCAACUACACCCUGCCCCACUUCCAAACCGCCAAUCCCAUCCAGAACAUCCAAGCCAACGCGUACCUGCGCGAGGUGUACAUCGCCUCCCAGAACGCCAUCGAGGCAGUGGACAGAGACCUGAAACGGAUAUGGGAGGUGCGUACCGGCCCAGUGGGCCCCGACGACUGUCACAAGUGCGGCCCCUGCGACGCUGCCACGACGCCGCCCGCGACCCCCGUGGAUACGGACAACAAGGUCCUCCUCUUAGACCCGGCGGGCACCCUCCUGCCCUACCUGUACUACUGCGGCAGCACGCGGCAGGGGGUGUGCGCCUUCCUGGACAUCAGCGAGCUGAGCCCCGUGUCCCACUGCCUGUUCAAGGAGCAGGACAACACAGAGACCUACUGCCCCGACUGCUUGGCCAGCCCGCUGGGCACGCGGGUCAGCGCGGUGGAGCAGGGCCACACCACCCUCUUCUUCGUGGCCAACUCCGUGGACGAGGAGCUGGCGAGCCGCUGGCCCCGUAGGUCGCUGUCGGUGCUGCGGCCGCUGUCCACCGAGGACGGCUUCAACAUGGCGAUGCAGGGGCUGACGGUGCUGCCCCCGCUGCGGGCGUCCUACCGCGUCGACUACGUCUACACCUUCGCCACCGAGGAGCACGUGUACUUCCUCUCGGUGCAGCGGGAGAACCCGGAGAAGAGCGGCUCCCCGCUGCAGACGCGGCUGGGCCGGCUGCCCCUGAUGAACUCGGAGGCUUGGAUGUACCGGGAGGUGGUGCUGGAGUGCCGCUUCGACCCCAAGCGGCGGCGGAGGAAGAGGCGCGGUGGGGAGGAGCAGCACCGGGUGGUGUUCAACGGGCUGCAGGCGGCGCACUACGGCCCCGUGGGCCGGGAGCUGGCCUCCCAGCUGGGGCUGAACCCCAAGGGGAGCCCCGACGAGAAGCUCCUGUACGGGGCCUUCGCCCAGGUGGACGAGCGCGGCGUGCCCCAGAGGAACUCGGCCUUCUGCAUCUUCGCCCUGGCCAAGGUGAACCAGGCCAUCGACCGGGGCGUGGCCGCCUGCUGCUCCAAGGGGACCGAGCAGCUCUCCAGGGGCCUGUGUCACUUCCAGCCCUGCGAGAACUGCCCGCACGAGAGCACCCAAAACGACGACUCGUGCCGUAACAAGCCCACCCUGGUGUCCGCUCCGUACUACAGACUGGACCUGUUCAACAGACAGAUGCACGACGUGCUCUUCACCACGGUCUUGGUCACCACCAAGGGCAACGACACCCUGGGUCAUUUCGGGACCUCGGACGGAAGGAUCCUGCAGGUCAUCCUGAAGCUGGACUCUGUGUUCUUUGCCAACUUUUCCCUGGGAGGAACCCCCGUAUCGGGCGUAUCGUCUGUUUACACCGAGGACUUACUGCUCUUUGUUGCCGGGAAUAAGGUGUUCACCGUGUCCCCUGUGGGCCCCGGCUGUGCCCACUUUGUCUCCUGCUCCUCCUGCCUGACCGCCCCACUCUUCAUGGGCUGUGGUUGGUGUUCGGGGUCCUGCUCCAGGGAAGAUGAAUGCUCCUCGCCGUGGCACCGGACGUCCUGCGCUCCUGUUAUCACAGAGUUUUUUCCCAAGACGGCACCAACUGGGGCUGAGUCAGAGCUGACUUUGUGUGGCUGGGAUUUUCAGUCCCCCAAAGGACCAUCUGCCAUCACCGACAAAACCCACACAGUCCGAGUUGGCUCUGAGACCCUUUGUACCGUACAGGCCAAGAGCACCAGCACAAAGUUGGUGUGCAAGGUCCGCCACAAGAAAGGCACCCCGACCAAGGCUCUCAAUGUCACCUUGGAAGUGCAAGAAGCAACGGUGGGGGGCUGCUAUUCCAUCCAUGGCCAAGCGCAGGCAUCAGGAUUCUCCUUUGUGGUGCCCAUUAUAACGGAGGUCAGGCCCGCCCUCGGCCCUAAGAUCGGAGGAACCAUGAUCACCCUGACCGGGAGCCAUCUCAACUCAGGGAUUGGAAGAAGUGUAGACUUCGGUGGAAUCAGCUGCCCGAUUCAAAGUAUGACUGAAGGGAGUGGGAGCGUGUCUUCGGUGGUGUGCAUCUCCAAGAAGUCCACAGCGGUGCAAGACGUUCCCGUCAGGUUCUUCAUCGACAGCUUCCUCGUGCCAACCCAGAAGAAGUUUUCUUACCGGCACAACCCCGUUAUAACCAACGUGUAUCCCCAAUGCAGCUACAGAAGCGGCUCCAUGCUGAGGGUGGAAGGCCGCUACUUUGACUCUGUGCAGAACAAGGUGGUCCAGUACAAACCCAAAAACUCACCCCAGGAAACGUACCGACUGGUGUGCGAGGGUAAAGUGAACGCCACGCACAUGGAGUGCAGGGCGCCCGCCCUGCCGGGAGAGCACUCGGACGAUAAGACGGAGAACGGGGAGAUUUCCUUCCACAUGGACGGAGCCCGGCUAAUUUUGAACAAGACGUUCGACUACCACCCGGAUGCCGCCCCCAUCCCCUUUGAGAACGAGGAGCGCGUCCUGUACCUGAGCCAUGGAAAUAAGGAAGUCUCAAUGCACCACAUCAAUCUGAAUGCAGUGGUUCAGUGUAUGAAUAUCACCAUGACCAUCGGAGGCGUGCGCUGCAAAGUCCAGGUCUUGACCAAUGAGCUCACUUGCAGAAUCCCAAAAGGCCUCGUCAUACCCGCUGAAGGAUUACCUGUCCAGGUGUUCGUGAACGGGAAGGUGACGGAUAUCGGCAAUGUGGUCAGUAUGGACAAACACAGCGGCACCAUCAUCGCUAGCAUCGUCAUGGGCAUCCUGGCUGCCAUUGUCCUGGGGGCUGCCCUGGCUUUGUUUGGGAUGACCCGUUUGAGGAAGACGAAACAAGACAAGGUAGAGUUCCGUCUGUCGCGGAUGUCUUCCCGCAUUCACACGGGCAACGGGGAAACCUCACCUACCGGAGACUACCGCAGAAAUCUGUCAAUUCAGACAUCGGGUCAAGGGGGGUUGUUCUUCCAGGGUCCCUGGUACGCUUCUGGCUACGACCCGUCUGUGUCCCUCUCCUUAAUACAACAGCCAACGCUGUCUAUGGGCAGCCUCCGCUCUGACCUCCUGGAAGAGGUCAAGGAUGUGCUGAUCCCUGCAGAGAUGCUGCGGGUGGUGGAAAGCCAGGUUAUCGGCAAAGGUCACUUUGGCACAGUAUACCAUGGCUAUCUGAUGGACCACAAGGACCAAGAGAUUCACUGUGCUGUCAAAUCACUGAACAGGAUCAGUGAUGUCGAGGAGGUGGACCUGUUCCUGAGGGAGGGCAUCAUCAUGAAGGGCUUCCACAACACCAACAUCAUCUCCCUGCUGGGCAUCAUGCUGCCCAAGGAAGGGCUCCCCCUGGUGGUGCUGCCCUACAUGAAGCACGGAGACUUGAGACACUUCAUCCGGUCUGAGAAGAGAAACCCGACCGUGAAGGACCUGGUUGGGUUUGGCCUGCAGGUCGCUAAGGGAAUGGAGUACCUGUCGCAAAAGAAGUUUGUCCACAGGGACCUGGCUGCACGUAACUGCAUGCUGGAUGAAAACUUCACAGUUAAAGUGGCGGACUUUGGCAUGGCCAGGGAUAUAUUUGACAAGGAAUACUACAGCAUACAAGACCAUAAGAAGGCCAAGCUUCCAGUCAAGUGGAUGGCCAUCGAGAGCUUACAAACACAAAAGUUCACCACCAAGUCAGACGUGUGGUCCUUUGGAGUCCUGCUGUGGGAGCUGCUGACCAGGGGAGCCACACCCUACCCGGACGUGGACCCCUAUGACAUCACGCAUUACUUGCUGAAGGGCCGGAGGCUGGCCCAGCCCCAGUUCUGUCCAGACGCCCUGUUCUCCAUCAUGGUAGCGUGCUGGGAGCCCGAGCCGGAGUCCAGGCCCCCCUUCCAGGCCCUGGUGCAGAUCGUGCAGGAGAUCAUGGAGUGCCUGGAGGGAGAACACUACAUCAGCCUGAAGGUGACCUACGUGAACCUGGACGCGCCCAAGCCCUACCCCACCCGGGCGGACUCAGCGGAUGAGGCUGAGGAUUCGGACUCCGGGUCGGAACAGGACUUAUUUUUAACCGAGGGGCCGGUCUGAGGGCCCCCCUUCACAUGACUGAGGACAGACAGACAGAAGAGAAGGAUAGAGCUGUGACUGGACAGCUGUGUCAACAGCCAGAGUCCCCCCAUCAUGUCUCCGCUCCCAACUCUGAGGGGAAUGAUGGAACUGCCAGUGGACCGGGGCAGACAGCGGCCCUGUGAAUGAUGGAACCCCCAGUUCACUGGGCCAGAAACUGGUGGUGUGUUGUGCCUCAUCAUAAUGGGCUACCAUUUUCACUUUUCUGUCCUUUCCCUGUAGCCUGACGCUGUUGGCGGGGUUUUUUUUUUGUCACAAUCGCAGCUCAAUUGUAAAUACGAUUUUUUUGUACAUUUUUAUAUUUGUCUUUUUUUGCAGUGAAAUGAUUUAAUAUAAUUCAGGGUUGCUUGAAAUUAUACUUGAUAUUCAAUCUGUGUGUGUGUGUGUGUGUGUGUGUGUGUGUGUGUGUGUGUGUGUGUGUGUGUGUGUGUGUGUGUGUGUGUGUGUGUGUGUGUGUGUGUGUGUGUGUGUGUGUGUGUGUGUGUGAGAGAGAGAGUGUGACAAGUUGUUCAGUCGACGCAUUAGUCAGUGCCAGAGUGCGGCAGACUGUUACGCACACUACUAAGACUUUUUAUCUUACUUCAUUCUGACUCAAUCCAAAGGAAAUUGGAUGUGUGGUUGAAACCAUAGAGACGAAUAGAGAAGAUGGAGACGAAUCAACAGCGUUAACAUUUAUUUUUCUACCGUGUAAAUCUUUUGUGUGUAGCGGCUGUGCGUAAUCCCAUGACUGUCCCCUCGUCGACACUAGAGGGCAGUCUAAACACUGGUCUGAACAGGAACGAUUGCAGCAACAACAGUGUGCUGCACCAGAUCCAACGACCGCACGCACAUACAUGUUUCACACCAACAACGGAAAUCAAUUCCUCAAAUCAGAUUCGGGAGCUGUCACACCGCUGAGCAACCACACUGAACCAAAUCGUAAGCCGUGUCAUAAAAUCUAUGGCAUACAAAUAACAGGAUGUGAUUCAUAGUUUGCCUGUCGUGCCCUGGUAGUUAAAUGUUGAUUAAAAUGAAUAAAAUUAGCGUCUUCUGCAGAUAACAUGGCUUGCUGCAGAAGGGGGUUUGGCUGAACAUGGCAACGUCUAACUGAUUCCAAAAGCUCUUCACAGCACCACUAAUGCAGUCAUUAGUUGCGAUUAACACAGUAAUAGCUGAAGUCAUUCCCAUGUCUCGUCACCUCACGCCCAGUGGUGCUACUAUCUCCGUGCACCGGGGUGCACUUGACGGAACAAUUGUGAUUGCACAUGUGCUCUCAGGAGCAUAACGACUAGAUGAGGCGUUUGCAUGUUUGUUUAGCUGAGCCGAAGGAAGUCUGCGUUUAGUGGAUGUUUGAGGAGGAGACGAUUAAAAGAUACUUCCAAAAAGUGAAUCCCUCACCUCGAAACGUCCUUGGGUAUACUUCACUGGCAUGUUGCGUGGAGUGGAGAGCUGCUUGCUUGCAGCGCAUGGGAAACCAUACUAGUUACUGGUGGGAAGUGUGUAUGGUUAGGAGGUUUAUACAACGGUUCACACAAAGCAGGAAGGAAAGAAUGAAGGGAAGAAAACUAAAGUGAACCUGGUGAGCAGAGCAUUCAUACCAUUCUCUGCACGGUUCAUUCAUCACACUGAAUCAUUCGACAUUAGCUUUGGGGAGGGGAUUUAAAAUGAUGAGCUGUCUGUGAUCAAGCUGUGCAGGGAUGGUAAAAAGUCGAAGCAGUAAACUCUUCCGUUCACCUUAUUGCCCCAUCACCGCUCUUUCAGCAACGGCAUAGAGAAGCAAACGUAAACAUUAGAAUACAGAACUCAAUUGAGGUCAAAGAUGAUCAAUAGAAACCUGCUUGCCAUAAUUUAAUCUGCAAUUGAAUCUGAUUAAUUUGUCAGAGAAAGUGGUUCUAAAUCUUGGUGUGUGUGUGUGUGUGUGUGUGUAUAUAUAUAGCCUAUAUAAGAUAUAUCAUGAUAUACAUGAUACAUUCAGUUUCAAACAGGUUAGCAGAGAAAUCCUUCAAUUAUCCAAAUUAUGUCAACAGCUUGUCAGCCAUCGCCGUGUACUACUGAGGCAUUAACUUAUUUUUAAUAUCUGACAUCUUGUGGGAUACAAACAAGAACGGUAUCUUCCCAGUUUACUGGAUGUUCAGGCACAUUACCUGCUGUUUCAGGGUUCACUGUAAUGAGAACAAAAUGAGGAUUUAAGAAGUAUUCCACAGCCAUCUGGGAUUUUCACCACUUCUUAGUACUCAGAUAUAGGCUAGUACGAAAAGGGCCAAAGGAAAACCAGGCUUAUUUUUUUUUUUUUUCAACCUUGGAUAGAAGGCUGAAACAACUUUAUUUCUGUGUUCUUGUUGUUUGUAAAAAAAUAAAGUAAAAAACUAUUAAAUUAUUAAACCCAAUAGUUGUGCUGUUCUCCA